GAUGCAGGCGUAUAAAGGCAGAGCUGGGUCUUCCCCCAGGACUCCGUCUGGGCCAGCCCCAGCACCUUUUGGCUGCCACAUGGAAGAUCACACAAAACACGUCCAGCCCAUCCCGCUCCCAGCCAUGCAGCAGAACUUGAACUACGUGUACCCUCAGAUCUUCUGGGUGGAUGGCUGUACCAACCCCAGCACUUCCUGCCCCCCGGCAUCCCCCAUUGCCCCCUUCCCGCCACCAGUACCUGAUCGGAGGAGAAAGCCAAGGACCAACAGGGAAGGGAAGAGCAUCGGCUUCCUGGUGGUCUCCUUGCUGAUCCUGCUGUCUCUCACUGGAGUUGGACUGAGCAUGUUUCAGAUUUUUCGCCUGGAGAAGGAACUGGCUGAACUCAGAGAGUCUGCCAGUGCUGAACACAUCCCUCCAGCUCUGGAGAAGCUCAUAGGGGAGAGGAGCGAGUCAAUGAAAAAGGAAGAGAGGAAAGCAGCACACUUAACAGGGAACCCCACGCAGCAGGACCUCCCUUUGCAGUGGGAACCAAUCUCCGGGCAUGCCUUCACCGCCGGCAUUCAGUACCGCAAUCAGGGCCUGGUGAUCAACGAAACCGGCCUCUACUUUGUGUACUCCAACGUGCUCUUCCGGGGAAGCACCUGCAACAGCCAGGUGUUAACCCACGUUGUCUACAAGAAAAACCCAGCCUCGCCGGGCAGCCAGGUGUUGAUGGAGGACAAAAAGAUCAACUACUGUGCAAAUCAGAAGAUGUGGGCCCGGAAAAGCUACCUGGGGGCUUUGUUCAAGCUCAGGGAAAUGGACAGCUUGCAUGUCAACGUUUCCAAAAUCGCUCUGGUUAAUUUUGAGGAAUCUAAGACGUUUUUUGGCUUAUUUAAACUUUAAACAGCGCUGUCGGAGUGCGGCCGGCAGCCCCCCACACACUAGGACACGCAAGGGUGGGCUGAGCAGCAGCCAACCUGCCCAGGUGGGCAAGCUGGAGUCUUGCACCAGGAAGCCCACCAAGAAACCAUGUUUUGGCCUUUGGAGCGAGAGGGCCUGAGAGUACGAGUAAAGCUCUCCAGGGUCUGACACCUGGCCUCUGGGAAGCACCUGGCCCGUCCUGGGGUAACCUGAAUAAACAGCACGUUUCCCCCCUCUGAAAAACCCAGGGUGUGCCGAAGACCUCCUUGACACUCACUACUUGCUGCAGAAGAGAUUUUGCUACCUGAGAAGAUGACGGUGCUGGUGUGGCACCGUGAGGGAGACUCUGGGCCAGCAGACGCGUGAAGGGCCUGGCUGGACGCGGAGAAGGGCCCCUGGGGCGAGCGUGUGGGGGCCGUGCCACCGAGGUGCCUCCUCAGGCUCAGCGCCCGGAGCGAUGGCUGCCCUGGCUGUGCUGCCCGGGCACGCCGCACCUUCCCUCUGCUGUCCCGCGGGCGCCCCUGUGGCUAGCUGACUCAUGAAGCGUGGUAGGUUCGUUUUGUGUUAAGUUAUCGACCAUUCUCAUCCCAGAAAAAUGUGCCCCCCCCCUUUAUUUAACUCAUCCCGACAGCUUCGCACCGAGGAACGUUCCGGAAGCAGCGAGUGCCGGAGGGAAGUCCCGGCCCUGGGUGCCGUGGCCCCGGGGUCAAGUCAAGCCCUGGCGAGUCGCUGGGCCCGUGGUCUCCUCUCCAUGCCGUGGUGGUGGCCCAGCGGGGCAGGGGCUGGCAGGGAGGCUGUCCGCCCCGCCUCGGCCAUGCUCGCUCAGCCUCCCUUCACUGAGAGGGCCCGAGUGACAUGGCGGUGGAGAGCGGCGGGACAACCCGUGGCUCCGCUGCCCCGCCGUUUCAGCAUGCUGAGGCCCCCGAGGAAAGCCUGCCCCGCUGCCCCUUUCGCAGGGGCUCCGCGGUGCCCAGCCCCGUCCCAGCGCAGCACAGAGGGGCGGCCCCGGCGAGUGGCACAGGAGCGUGCUGGCCGCCAGCCAUCGCGAGGCCUCGAGCGGCCGCCUUGUAACG